CUUGGGUAGAUAUAAUCCAGAUCAAUAAUGGCGAAUGAGGGCCCUUGGAGUGAGUGACCUGGAGAGCCGUACCUAGAACGUGAUGCAAGAGUUUGUGGGACAUAUCAAAAUUAAUAGCACUGCCUGGUGUGGUUUGAAAAUACGAAGAACACGUUGACCACGAAUAACAAAGAGAGAGAUUGCGCAAAGCUACAGAGUCUAUCGCUUCUAGGGGAUUCCUACUCCCCAGUACACCAUGGAGAGCGCCUACGGACAGUCUCAUGUGUUCUCUGCAACCUCUGAACAACCCAGGCGUUCCUACGCCCCCAAAGUCCGCCUGAGCUGCGAGGCCUGCCAUCAACGCAAGGUGAAAUGCGAUAAGCUCGAUCCCUGCACCAACUGCACCAAAAUCGGCGCGGUCUGCGUGCCCGUGGAGAGGACGCGCCUCCCUCGAGGUCGCACCCAGAGAGCAGGGAACCAGGCGUCGAGGUCGGAGCUGGAACUGAAAGAGCGCGUGUCGAAGCUGGAGAGACUCCUCCGGGACAUGUGCGCGUCUCAGACGACAGGUGCGAGUGUCGACGGAUCCCAGGGGAGUCUCACGCCUUCUCGAAACGACACCACCCCUCCUGGCACUGGCGGUUCUUCUACCAUCUUCUUGGAAGCGAGGAGGGACAUUCCAGCGUCCCUGCCGGAGAAGACUCCACGAUUGGAGUCGUACAUGGGAGGUUCCUUUUGGGCAGAGCUGAUCGAGCAGACCGACGAACCGGAAAACCCUGCUAACCAUGAUUCUCCGCCGCAAGAAUAUGUCCCUGGCGACGCCCUCUCGUAUGAAACAGUCCUUGUUGGGUUGACCGGUCCAAAAAACCAGCCGAGCCCAUCCAAUCCGGUGGCGGAGUCGCUCCCUGACGCAAAGAUCCGGAAGAGAUUGGUUCAUAUUUUCCUAUUCCAGGUCGAUCCGGUCCUCAAGAUCCUCCAUCGGCCUUCGCUCUCUGCCUUUUUGCUCCAGGGGAAGCCGUACCUGGACUAUGAGCCAGGCCAUCCCGCCCCGACAGCGCUUGCCUGUGCUGUGUAUUAUGCUGCGAGCUGUGUUCUAACUGAAGAACAGUGUCAGUCUCUCUUUGCCAUGAGUAAAGAGUCGUUGACUGCUCGGUAUCGGAGAGAAGCAGAAACUGCACUGGUUCAGGCAGACUUCAUCGUCUCUGACGAGCUGGUUGUCCUCCAAGCAUAUGUUUUAUCUCUGGUCGCUGCUAGAUUGUUAGACCAGAGCCGACGAGCGUGGACGAUGCUCAGCAUGGCCCUUCGGAUCGCCCAGGCACUCUUGCUCUACUUGCCAGACCCGCCUUUCCCCGUGUCACCGUUUGAGCGCGAGAUGCGCCGGCGGGUAUGGAAUAUUAUCGGCUAUCUCGAUGUUCAGUGCUCGCUAGACCGUGCCACUGAGCCGAUGAUGCGCGCCAGUUGGCUGCAGUCACACCCCCCGGCCAAUGUCAACGACAGCGCCUUUCACUUCGGAACGACGGAGAUGAUUGAGGAUUCGCCCAACGGCUUCACGGAUAUGUCUCUUACCCUGGUGCUUCUCAAGGCACAGUGCGCAGUGCGGCUGCUCAACUUUACCGACUUUCGUGAGCCGGGUGUCAAGGAUAUGAACGUACGACUGCAGAUCGUCGCCGACUUCCAUGCGCAGGCUACCAGCCUCUUCCGCCAUUGCCAGCCAGAGACGAUUUCAUUCCACUGGUUCUCGCAACGCGUCCUCGAGUGCAUCCACGCGAGCCUGCAACUGAUCGCGCUACGGCCUUUACAUCGCACCGUCGGCUUCACCCCGCCGACCAUCCGCCACGACGGCCUCCUCCGCCUCGCCGUCGAAGUCAUCGAGUCCUCGCAGAAGAGCUCGGCAUACCUCCAGGGCCGGCCCUGGGCCUGGUGCGAAAAUCUCUUCGUCCCUUGGCACGGCCUCGCCGUCGCCAUCGCCGAACUCUGCGUCUGCAACGACCCGGCCCUCAUGGAGCGUUACUGGCCUAUUGUCGACCAGGCCUUCAGCCGCCUCGGUUCCCUCAUCGCGGACCGCAGGCAAGGCAUGCUCUGGCGGCCCAUGUCCAAACUCAUGGACCGUGCGCGUACUCGGCGCCAGAAACUGCAACAGUCUCCUCCACUGCCGCCUCCAGAUGUCUCCUUUCCGUCCAACCUCCUUACGGGGCAUCCUUUAAUUCCAUCGUUUCAGGAUCCCACUUCCCUUGAGCAUGUUGUUCCGGAGGUCCCGGCUCUUCCACUUGAUAACACUGUCCCAUCGGGCUCCGUAUCAAUGGAUUCUAUACCUUUGGGCACCGUCCCGAACCCCGCCCAUCCCUUCCACAGUACACCAUACUGGCUGAAUGUCUGGGACCUGAUGGACCUGGAAGACCCGACUGACGCGGCGACUGGGCUCUGCGAAAGCGCAUGGACCAACUAUGAGACUUUCAUCGAAGAUGUCUUUGAUGCGGGCGGCGAUCCCGCGCUUCAAGUUUUUCCAAAUUAGGGUGACGUGGGCUUAUGGUUAUUCAUGAAUGACUGAUAGAACUGUAUAAUCCUGAUAUGUGUUGUAUGAUGAUCCUCUGUUUCCUCUCCUCUCUUCUUUCUGUCUCUUUUCUUUGGCUACAUACCUCUCCUCUUAGAUGAUACAAUGAGAUAACGAGAAACUAUCUUCGGUUCGAAGCUUGAUAGAGCUGCGUUGACUCUGGAAUAGGUCUUGGUAGAUUGCCAAGGUAUAUCCUUGUACAUGAAGAGAGUAUUCAGAAACGAGGUUUCCUCUGGACCAAGCAGAAUACUCUGUAUAAUCGGUAUAGAUGCUGAGGUGGUGGCAAUGUGGUAAGGACGCAGG